ACCAAAAGAAGCUAUUACAUGAGCUUGGAGACGACAUUCAACCUCUCACAACAUGUAGCAAUGUAACAACACAAGAAAAUAAUCAGAACAUGAAGGAUGAACUAAAUAUAUUUAAUUUUCAAACCAUUGCUGCUGCUACAAACAAUUUCUCAACUACAAAUGUGCUGGGAAAGGGUGGUUUUGGUGUAGUUUAUAAGGUAAAACUGUGCUUAUGAUCUUUAUUGAUAGAAGUUGCGUAAGAAGCAAUUUUCAUAGAGUUUUCAUUUCAGGGAAUAUUACCUGGUGGGCAAGAAAUAGCAGUAAAGAGGCUCUCAAGAAAUUUUAACCAAGGAAUAGAAGAGUUUCAGAAUGAGGCUAAGCUCAUUGCAAAACUCCAGCAUACUAAUCUUGUUAGACUUUUAGGAUGUUCUCUUCAGGAAGAAGAAAGGAUUUUAGUCUAUGAGUACAUGCCUAACAAAAGCUUGGACUUCUUCAUUUUCGGUAGCUUUCUCCAGAAAUCAAGAUUUUUCAACUUGAGUUUCUCACUAAACACUAAUCUACUCAUUUUUUAUUUGUUGUUUUGUGAUAGAUUCUCACAAAAAGACACUAUUAAACUGGAAGAAACGGUUCGACAUAAUUGAAGGAAUUGCUCAAGGACUUAUUUAUCUACAUAAAUACUCAAGAUUAAGAGUGAUUCACAGAGACUUGAAAGCCAGCAACAUUUUACUAGAUGAUCAAAUGAAUCCAAAAAUAUCUGAUUUUGGUAUGGCUAGAAUCUUUGGGGUGAAUGAAUCUAUAGCAAAUACAAAUAGAAUUGUUGGGACAUAUGGCUAUAUGUCCCUGGAGUAUGCCAUAAAUGGUAUUGUCUCAAUAAAAACAGAUGUAUAUAGCUUUGGAGUUUUAGUAUUAGAGAUUGUGAGUGGCAAGAAGAACAGUGGUUGCUAUCACACAGAGCAUGCACUCAAUCUUGUAGGAUAUGCAUGGCAACUGUGGAAUGAAGGUAAAGGCUACGAGCUGAGAGAUCGAACAAUGGAUGAGUCUUGCUCUUCUGAUGAAGUACUGAGAUGCCUUCAUGUGGGUCUCUUGUGCAUACAAGACCAAGCAAUUGACAGACCCAAAAUGCCAGAAGUCAUAUCCAUGCUCACAAAUGAAACUAUGCUUCUACCUGCACCAAAACAACCAACGUUUUAUACCAAUGAUACUAUUGAAGAGCCAGAAAAUCCUGGAAAAAGCGUUGAAGAUUGUUACAUUAAUAAUGUAACAAUCUCCGUGAUGGAUGCUAGAUAAACUUAGUGGUAAUUUACUUAUCUAGUAUCAGUGCAAAGUAAAGGCAGACACACACCUAAGCAUUCAUCUGAUCUAAUCCAAAGAAUGAAUGCUUCCUUAACUCAUACUCAUGUAUAUCAUAUAUGCCAUUGCAAUUUAUCACAUUUUUGGGCUUCUGUGUAACUGGAGUAUCAAAUUAUUAAGGUUAUCAUAGAAGUGUUCUUCAAGAUAAUUCCCGGGGAUCAGU